AUGGCAUCUAAUUCUUGGUGGUCCUCGGGUUCUUCGAACGAAGAGGAGAUGUUUUUUCGCAAACGCUGUGGAGCGCACGAGAAAUUGGUGAAUGAUUAUUUUUCGGAUGCACCCCUUUACAACGCCGACAUUUUCAGACGAAGGUUCCGAAUGAGUCGCCGGUUAUUCACACAGAUUGCUGAUGAUUUGGUGAGGGUAGACCCGUUUUUCACGCAAGAACCCGAUGCUCGGAAUUAUGAAGGGUUCACCACGUUACAAAAGUGUACUGCGGCCAUUCGCCAACUGGCGUACGGGACAGUGGCCGACGCUUUGGACGAGUACUUACAGAUGUCGGCAAAAACUACGCGAGAAUGUUUGUAUCGGAUUUGCCAUAAUGUGGUGAAACUGUAUAGCAAAAAAUAUUUGCGGAAACCAAACGCGUAUGAUGUUCAACAGUUGUAUCAAGCUCAUGAAGCACGGCACGGGUUUCCGGAAAUGCUUGGUAGCAUUGAUUGUAUGCAUUGGGCGUGGCAUAACUGCCCGACUGCGUGGCGCGGCCAAUACACGCGAGGUUCACUCAACGACCUCAACGUGUUAUACCAAUCGAUGAUCUUUAGCGAUGUCGUUAAUGGAACCGGUCCGGACACCCGUUUUACAGUUUCUGGGGUUGAGUGUAGACGUGGGUAUUAUCUUGCUAACGGAAAAUAUCCGUCUUGGUCUACAAUUAUCAAGACUAUUCCAUUUCCCGAGGACGAAAAAAGGAAAAAAUUCGCCAAGCGUCAAGAAGCUGCAAGAAAAGACACCGAACGUCGGGCGAUUUGUGAGUAUGAUGAGAAUGCAUCUUACGGGAAUACUCUCCCAGUAGAGCCGACGCAACAGGAUUUAAACUCGUCCGCGCUAACCAACGACUACACGCAUGCAAACCUUCAACAGGAUUUGGUAGAACAUAUAUGGAACAACGCAAACGACGGGGACGGUGACGAAGACGAAGACGAGUAG